CAGGCGUCUGGAGUGGGCCGGAGGACAGAGCCCGCGGAAGCGGCGCCGAGGCCAGAACGGCUGCGGGUCUCUGGCCUGGGUCAGUGACGAGCCCUGGGACCCGGCUGGGCCCGGCCUGGUGCUCCCAUCGGCAUCCAACGUGCGCCUCCCGGGGAACGACACCCGACUAGGUCCCUGCCCCUGGUUUCGGGAUGUACCCGGCAGGUUUUCUAUCAGAUGAUCCAUCGUAAUAAUGCUGGAGUUAAGAAGUCUCCAUUCCUUUGCUUGGAACCAGAAGACUUUUUCCCCUGCAUAUAGAGUAGGAGUAAUGUUGGUUAGAAACUGGCUGGUGUUUAAAACUGAAGAUUGUCAUGACUGUUUAACCUAAGCUCCAUGCUGAAGUAAGAUUAAUUGUCUUGGAAAUACUAAAUUGGGGUAACCCAAAUCUGUUUCUGGAGCCAUGAAAAUUUUGUUGGUUUUUGACUUUGACAAUACAAUCAUAGAUGAUAAUAGCGAUACCUGGAUUGUACAAUGUGCUCCAGAGAAAAAGCUUCCUAUUGAACUACAAGAUUCUUAUGAAAAAGGAUUUUGGACAGAAUUUAUGGGCAGAGUCUUUAAGUAUUUGGGAGAUGAAGGUGUAAGAGAAGAUGAAAUGAAAAGAGCAAUGAUAUCAAUACCUUUCACUCCAGGGAUGGUGGAACUUUUAAACUUUAUAAGAAAGAACAAGGAUAAAUUUGACUGCAUCAUUAUUUCAGAUUCAAAUUCAGUCUUCAUAGAUUGGGUUUUAGAAGCUACCAAUUUUCAUGACGUGUUUGAUAAAGUCUUUACAAAUCCAGCAGCUUUUGAUAGCGAUGGUCAUCUCACUGUGGAAAAUUAUCAUGCUCAUUCUUGCACUAGGUGCCCCCCUAAUCUUUGCAAAAAUGUAGUUUUGGUAGAAUUUGUAGGUAAACAGUUACAACGAGGAGUGAAUUAUACACGAAUUGUUUAUAUAGGUGAUGGCGGAAACGAUGUGUGCCCAGUAACCUUUUUAAAGAAGAAUGAUGUUGCAAUGCCACGGAAAGGAUAUACUUUACAGAAAACUCUUUCUAGGAUGUCUCAAAAUCUUGAGCCUAUGGAGUCUUCUGUUGUAUCUUGGUCUUCAGGUGUUGAAAUUAUUUCUCAUUUACAAUUUCUAAUAAUGGAGUAAUAUGCCAA